CCAUUACAUUAACUCAUUGAAAAAUUUGGCCGUCUGAAAAAUAUUUUUACACCUCGGCGAAAGUUCACAAGUUCAAAACCAACGCCCUGAUAAUAACUCUCGCAUUCGCAAGUCGCAAGUCGCAGGGCACCUAAUUCUAGGUCUCGGACUGUUUUCAAAAUACGUAAUACACGUAACGCGACUCGAGCUUUAUGAAUUUGUAUUUUGUACCAAGUAACAGAUGAGUCGUUCCGCCAACAAAAGGGUUCGGGGCGCAUUGAUCGACGCCUGCGUAAGCUGCUGACCGAAUCGCAUCGUUCGCAUUCGCCAAUCUUAGGGUACGUUUGGUGUGACUAUGCUCGAUUUUAGCUGUUGUUACCGCUACGUUGACGUACGGUUCUGUCGUCACGUGAGUGUUGAAAGUAUCGCGACGGAUUUGUUAUUUCGUCUGGUAUCGUGCUCUCUUUUCGAAUUAUAUCGUAAUUUUUGUUCAUUUUUAUUUCCCACAUCGAUACAUUUUCAUCUGCUGUGUAUAUAGAUUACCUCAAAGGCGUUUCAAUCAUCGGUCAACGUUUCAUCCAAGAUUGAUGAUAUCGUAUUCGGCGUGCCAUAGAGGCAAAUGUUUCAUGGUGGAUAUUCGAAGCGGUUCUCAAUAGAUACAGCAAUAUGUAAUGUUGUGUAAAUUGUCCCUAAAACGUUUGCUGUACGUGCUCUUUUUAUUCUCAGUCUUAAUAAGCCUUCAUGUUUUAAUUACCGUGAUCAACAAUGAAGCUGACGUUAAUACUCCUCGACAACAUGCAACUUUGGUAGAUUCUGUCGAAAAAACUACCACCACUGGUAAACCGGUCAAGAAAUAUGAAAAAAUUUUGGAAGUACAGAACACUCAAAAAACCGAAAAAAAGAACACUCUAAACACCGACAAAAAUAAUGCUCAACGCACCGAGAAAAAGAACGCUUUAAACACAGAGAAAAAGAACGUUCCAAACACCGAGAAAAUCAUAAAUGCGCCAGAAAAUACGAUAGUUACCACUACCCAAGAGGCUUUAAAUAAUCAAUUACCAUGGUUUUUCCGUAAGGGUGCGAAACAGCCGAGUAAAAAUGAAGAACAAUACCGAAAAAUAUGGCCAUCGCAAGUCACGGGACAGGAUCGAAUCACCAAUCAACUGAUGUACAUACCAGAAAAUUAUAAUGAGGAAACAUCACCCACGAAGACAAUUUUAUUAUGGCACGGAUUAGAUCAUUGGGUAAAAUCUGGAAGAGCUUCGUUUUUGGAAGCCAAAUGUCCAGUAAAUAAAUGCUUCGCGACUGAUGACCAAGCACAGGCUGGCAGUGCCGAUGCCAUCCUGUUCAAGGAUCAUUUUACUUUACCGAAUAUCGAAAGACCUCCGAGACAGGCUUGGAUAAUUUAUCUGUUGGAAUGUCCACUUCACACGGAACGGUUACAAUAUAACGAUUUGAUUAAUUGGACCGCCACGUACAGGAGAGAUAGCGACAUAGUAACACCAUAUGAAAAAUGGGUGUACUACGAUGAUAACGUGAAACAAAAAUCGACAUUAAAACGGAAUUUCGCAGCUAAUAAAACACACUUGGUGGCUUGGUUUGUGUCCAACUGUAAUGCAAGAAAUGGCAGACUUAACUACGCGCAUGAACUUCAAAAGUACAUCUCGGUGGAUAUUUUCGGCUUUUGCGGACCACUCAAAUGUCCUCGUACGCAAGAAUGUUUCCAACAUUUGGAUAAAAGUUACAAAUUUUAUUUGGCAUUCGAAAAUUCAAAUUGUAUCGAUUACAUUACGGAAAAGUUUUUCGUUAAUGCUCUCCAACACGAUGUAGUUCCAAUCGUAAUGGGAGCUCGCCCAGAAGAUUACGCUGCGGUAGCUCCAUACCAUUCGUACAUCCACGUUGAUGAUUUUGAAUCACCGAAAGAAUUGGCCGAAUAUUUGCUCAAAUUGGAUAGCGACGACGAUCUGUAUAAUGCGUAUUUUCGUUGGAAGGAAACCGGUGAAUUUAUCAACACCUACUUCUUCUGUCGUCUGUGUGCCAUGCUACACGAUGAUUACCCCAUAAAAUCGUACUCGAAUUUGAAUAAAUGGUGGAAGAAUAUAAGCACAUGUGUCAAUACUCCGUGGCGUAAACGAAAAAAGCCUAAUUCAUGAUAAUGUUAUUUUUUUACGAACGGAACCCGCCACCGUAUUUUGAUCGAUGGCGAAAAUUGUUAAAAUAAUAUUUUACGGGUACUUAUUGAAAUACCUACCUACCUACGUUAAUAUUGGAAAUGCGGCUAAAAUACAUUGAAGUGCUUUCAUAAUAAUGAUGAUUUUCAAAGUACCUAUUUACCUAUUCAAUAUGCAUAUUUUCUACUCGCAUUGACUAAAUAACACGGUUGUUUAAGUUAAAAUACUUAAUGUGAACUUCCAGUCUUGCCUAAAGCGGACCAUCCUAAAAAAAAAAGUUCAUUAGUGAAUUUAUUCCAAUUUAUGUUUCCUUCUAUAUUUACCAAUGUUGGUUAUUGAUAAAUAUUAUUUUAUAACUUGUUUGUAAAUAAUUUUUUUAUUUUUGUAAGUAACUUAUUAGAGUUACCUUUGCGAAGGUAGAGCAAAAAUUUUCACUCAACUAGUCAUUAAAUAAAGAUGAAAUAUGUCGUUUUAA